AUGGGGCUUGUUGGCAGGACCAAGCGGCUCGUUGCAGAAGACCACAACAUCCAGAGAGCACGACGAGAUGGUGCGAGAGCUGCUCGUGCCUUGCCUCGGGCGGCGGGCAAGUAUCUUGUCGACAAAGUUCCAGUAGUUCACUGGGCUCCACAAUACAAUCCGCGAUGGCUUGCCAACGACGCUCUCGCCGGCAUCACCAUCGGGGUGAUGCUCAUUCCUCAAGCGCUGGCAUACGCGAAGAUUGCAACGAUUUCUGGAGAGUUUGGGUUGAUGAGCAGCUGGCUGCCCAACUUCUUGUACUUCUUCAUGGGCACCUCAAAGGACAUGUCAACAGGGCCAACUUCUCUCCUCGGUCUUUUAACGGCAGAGAUUGUCCGUGACUACACUAGCGAGGGGUUCUCCGCGCAGGCUAUCGCUUCUAUGGUAGCCAUGUGCGUCGGCAUCUACUGCUUGAUCAUCGGCGGGCUCAAACUUGGCUUCCUGCUUGAGUUUGUCUCCAUACCAGUACUUCACGGCUUCAUUUCGGCCGCGGGUAUCGUCAUCAUGCUCGGUCAAAUCCCCUCACUUUUUGGCGUCAAGGUUGGAACGGGUACUGGCACGAUCAUUCACGAUCUCUUCGCACAGAUUCCGGACUUCAAGGGGCCUACUGUCGGUGUCGGGCUGGGUGGCAUCGUACUUCUGGUUGCUCUCCAGAAGAUGGGACAGAAAUGGGGCAGCAAGAACAAGGCCAUCUGGUUUAUCGCUCUGGCUCGUGCAGCCAUUGUUCUGGUCCUCUUCACCGGUAUAUCAUAUGGCGUAAACAAGGACAUCGAUCUUAAGAACAAUGAUCCGGUCUGGGAGCUGAGCAAGGUCAAGUCCAAGGGAAUCAAUGCCCCAAAGAUGCCCCCAAGUGCACUCUUUUCGAAAGUAUUUCCUCGCGCCGUCGCACCCUUCCUCGCUGGCGUCAUCGAACAUCUGGCCAUCGCCAAAGCCUUCGCCCGCAAGAAUGGCUAUGUGAUCGAUCCCGCCCAAGAACUCGUCUAUCUCGGCGUGACAAACUUCUUCAACAGCUUCUUCUCUUCCAUGGCCGUCGGUGGCGCGAUGUCCCGUACAGCCGUCAACUCCUCCACGGGCGUCAAGUCACCCGCCUAUGCUAUCGUUGCAGGCGGCGUUGUCGUCCUCUCCAUCUUCGAGCUCAGCCCGGCCCUCUUCUGGAUUCCCAAAGCUACACUCGCGGCAAUCAUUGUCACAGCCGUCUGGUCGAUUCUGUCGCCCCCAAAGAUAUUCUGGCACUUCUGGAAAACCUCCUUCGUCGACUUCGUCGCCGCCAUGCUCGCCUUCUGGCUCACUCUCUUCGAGUCUAGCGAGAUCGGCAUCGGCACUGCCGUUGGCUUCCAGCUCGUCUACCAUAUCCUGGCCUUCGCCUUCUCCCGCGUGCGCCGCGUCACCGCCCUCCCCCAGCACGACAUCAUGCCUGAGUUUGAUCAAAUGCCCACCGAUGUGCAGGUCUUCAAGCCGCACACCUCCCUCAUCUUCUAUAAUGCGUUCAGCAUGACUUCCCAGUGCUUCGACGCCAUCCAAACCUAUUCAUCCGGCGCAAACAUCUCCUUUGAAGUCCUCCGCGCCCAGCGCAACUGGAGCACCGCGGGCGAGCGCCGCGCCAAAGCCCUCCGCAAGCGCGCGGGCGUCACAAUGGAACCUGCGCGUCUCCAUCUCGUCGUGCUGGACAUGAGCAUGGUGACGACCAUCGACACUACUGGGCUUACCGCGCUGCAGGAUCUCAAGGCAGAUCUGGAGCGGUACGCUGGUAAAUCUGCAGAACUCCAGUUUGCAAACAUGCAUGACGGCGUUAGGGCGCGCUUUGAGCGCUACGGCUGGGACUUAUACGAUGGGGUUGUGUUCCGUGAUGAGAAGGCGUCCGACGCGAAGAAGGGUAAUGCUGUCGUGAACUCAGUUGGCGAAGCCGUUCGGAACCGCCGCAUGAUCGAGGGCGAGCCGGAUGAAGUUAUGAUCGUGGGUUCCGAGAAGGUGUAGGCGUGGGCGGAGGUGAAUUUGUUGGUGGACACAUAAGCCGUAGUCUGUCACUUCUGCUGGGCGGUCUCUGUUCUUUCAUCAUGUCUUUCCUAGAGGAACGUUGCAGGGCAAUGGCGGAGGAUCUCCUUGUAUGCGUUUAACUCUCUUGUCUCUCUCUCUCUUCCUUCCUUCCCUCUUUCCUUCUUUCUUUGUUCCUUUGCCCGCCGUAUAUAAAUUGUAGUAUCCCCAC